AUGCCUAUCACUAGAUCAAUUAGCCGCCAGGUGACAAAAGAGGAAUCAGGUCAAGCGAGUAGAGGGGCAGAUGUGAAGCCCAUACCGACGCCACCUGUGUCAGUAGUUCCUUUGACACAUACAGCUGACCGUGGAGAAUCUGCACAUAAGGAAGACUCUAAGAAAUCUAUUCGUCCUAUAGACAAGACCUUUGCUUUCUCCGGCAAACGAAGUGCAUCUAGUAAAAAAAGUUCCUUACGUGCAGAAGCCCUUAAGAAAUUGGCGCAAGCAAAACUCGCUGAAGCUCGCGCUGCAACAGCUCUCGCUGAAGCGGAAGUUGCUCAAAUUGAAGCGCAAAGUUCUCGUAAUUCAGAUAGUCUUUCCACUGGCACUGAAGGAAGGGAUGUUAAUUUGGUUGAAAAUUGGUUAGCGACCAACACAUUCACAGAGGAACCACAUUCAAAGCAUUGUGUAGAUGUAUCCGCGUUGGCAUCAGCGCUCAAGGAAGCAGCGCGAGCAAUGAGGCCCAAGAAUUUUGUGGAGUUACCGAUAUUUACCGGAGAUGUAAAUGAAUGGAUGGCUUUUAAAACAGCAUAUUUAGAAACAUCUGAACAAUUCACAAAGAUGGAGAAUGUAAUGAGAUUGAGGAGGAGUUUAAAAGGAGUGGCUAAAGAAGCAGUAAUUUCUCUGUUUAUUACAGACGUUGAUCCCGCUGAGAUUUUAACUUUACUUGAAGCGAGAUUUGGAAGAUCAGAUACUCUAGCUAUUGCAGAGAUAGAAAAAAUUAAACUCUUGCCUCGCCUUACCGACAAUCCUCAAGAUAUCUGUAUAUUCGCGAGCAAAGUCAUUAAUAUUGUUACUGUCAUAAAAGCACUAAAAAAAGAGUUCUAUCUAUAUAAUCCGGAGUCAGUCAGAAGAGUAGUCGAGAAAAUGACACCGUCAAUUAGAUACCGAUGGUACGAUUAUGCUGCAAGUCGUCCAGAAGAAGAACCAGAUUUGAUUAAGUUGUCUUCUUUUUUCUCCCGAGAAGCCGAUCUUUGUAGUCGUUAUGCGCAAGCAGAGGGCGCUAAAGCAACAUUAAAUCAAAACAAAUCAUUUCGUACUUGCGCCAUGCUUACAACGUCACAGAAGGUCAAAACACAAGGUUCCGGCUGUGUUGUAUGUAGUAGUCAACAUGGCAUAAAAGAUUGCAGUCAAUUUAUGAAGUUAAAGACCGAAGAUAGAUGGGAGAAGGCGAAGGAACUCAAUCUGUGCUUUAGAUGUUUAGCAAAGCGUCAUUUCAAACACAGAUGUUCAUACAAACCCUGUGGAUCUGAAGGUUGCAAAGCAUCUCACCAUGUUUUGCUGCAUUUUACAACACCUUCUAGUGAUACACAAAAUCAAACCACUGCAGUAGCUGUAAAUCAAGAUGUAAGAAGAGCGUUACUAAAAAUUGUACCCGUAAAAUUAAUUGGCCCAACCGCAGUCAUCGAAACCUUCGCUUUGUUGGACGAGGGUUCGUCUAUAACGCUAUUGGAAGAAGAAUUCGCACAUGCUAUUGGAGCUACUGGUCCAGUGGAACCCUUUACAAUAGAAGGAGUUGCAGGAGCACGUUUAGAAGCUGUUAAUUCAAAAAGAGUUUCAUUUCAAAUCAGUGGAAUCCACUCCAAGACAGAACACAAAUUAGAAGCGCGCACAAUAGAAAGGUUAAACCUUGCUCACCAAACUGUCGAAAAAGACAUCGUCAACAGAUGUAGACACCUAAUUGAUAUUGCUGAAGAUCUCAUUUACAAGAAAGGCACUCCUACUCUUCUUAUAGGUCAGGAUAACUGGAAUUUGAUCGUAUCGAAGAAGAUAAGAAAUGGUGAACGAGAAGAUCCUGUGGCAUCUUUAACAGAAUUAGGUUGGGUAUUACAUGGGCCGACUAAAAUUAGCUCCAAAGCACAUGUAUUCCAUUUGGUAGAAGAAGAUAGAAAAGAAGAUGAAGAAGAUAUGGAUAGAAAUAUUGAAAACCUAAUGAAGCAUUUUAUGGAUUUAGAUUCUUUAGGAAUAAUUCCGAGAAAACCAACAAAUGAUCCAGAUGAGCGCGCCAUAACUUUACUGAAGAAAUAUAGCCGUCGUCUCGCUGAUGGUCGCUUUGAAACUGGCUUGUUGUGGCGUAGAGAUGAACUGGAACUGCCUGAAAACAGAAAUAAUGCAUUAAAAAGAUUAGAAAAUAUUGAAAGAAGAUUAGACAAGGAUAUUAAAUUAAAAGGUCAAUAUAAUUCGCAGAUUACUCACCUUUUGGAAUGCGGCUAUGCAGAAAUGGCACCCUCUACCUCACACCCCGAACGUACCUGGUACUUACCGCAUUUCCCAGUGAUGAAUCCCUCGAAGCCAAAACCGCGUAUUGUCUUGGAUGCUGCCGCAAAAACAAAAGGAAUAUCAUUAAAUGAUAUGUUAUUGUCUGGUCCGGAUUUGUUACAAUCGUUGCUAGGAGUCCUAAUGCGAUUUCGCCAAAAACCAGUGGCAGUAGCCGGAGAUAUAUGCGAAAUGUUUCUACAAAUCAGGAUAAGACCCGAAGACAGAGAUGCUCUCCGUUUCUUAUGGAGAGAGGGCAAGCGAGAAAGUGAUCUAAAGGAAUAUAGAAUGACAAGUGUGAUUUUCGGUGCAGCAUCAUCUCCAUGUACAGCAAUUUUUAUCAAAAAUUUGAAUGCUGAAGAGUAUCGAGAUAAGUAUCCAGAAGCAGCUGAGGCUAUAAUACGAAACCAUUACAUGGAUGAUUAUUUGCAAAGUUUUAAUACAGUCGAAGAUGCUGUAAGAAUUUCCAAAGAAGUUAGUUACAUACACGAACAAGCGAAGUUUAAGCUACAGAAGUGGGCGAGCAACAAACCAGAAGUAAUAAAAGAAGUCGAUCCGCAACUAAAAUAUAAAAAUGAAGAAGUAAAGCUACAAGACAGUUCAUUGAGUAAUUUAGAGAAGACACUGGGCUUGGUAUGGAGAACUGCUGAUGACAAACUUACCUUCAAUUGGAAUAUUCAGAGAGCGGAUGUGGAGGUUGUUGAGGGAGUGCAGCAACCUACAAAACGAGAGUUUUUAAGAAUUUUGAUGUCACUUUUUGAUCCCUUGGGAUUAAUUACACCGAUUAGCUUACCUGCACGAGGAAUCCUCCAAGAAACCUGGAGACUAGGAAUACAUUGGGAUGACAUUUUGCCAGAAGAACUCUGCAAAAGAUGGGUUGAUUGGAUGAAUCAUAUAAAUGAUUUAAAAAAUUUAUACUUGCCUCGCUGCUAUGCAGGAUGUGCAAGUGCGGAGUUUUUGGAGAUGCAUGUUUUCGUCGAUGCUAGUGAAAGCGCAUAUGCUGCUGCUGUAUAUUGGCGAGCUGUAAUGGCAGAUAAAAAUAUUAAAUUGUCUCUUGUCAUGGCUAAAGGUAGAGUAGCACCUUUGAAGUUGACCUCAAUACCAAGAUUGGAGUUGCAAGCUGCGGUUUUGGGUUGUCGCCUGGCAAGAACAGUAGAGACUGAGCAUGACCUUAAAGUGAGAAAAAGAAUUUUCUGGACUGACUCUAAAACAGUACUUGCCUGGUUACGGUCGGGCCCGCGGGUUUUCAAACCAUUCGUUGCUCACCGAGUAGCUGAAAUAGAAGAAGGAACGAAAGUAAAUGAAUGGAGAUGGGUACCAACUGCUUUAAAUGUUGCUGACGACGCUACAAGACAGGUACCUCGAAGUUUCAACAGCGAGCAUCGAUGGUUUGAGGGACCAGAAUUCCUUUAUUCGUCAGAAGAAAACUGGCCCCAGGAAGAAGUGGCAGAGGUUGUUGCUACGGGAGAGGAGCGCGUGGCAGCAAUAAAUAAUAAUGUAAAGCCUUGCUUAAAAGAGUCCCUUCCAGAGGCAACAAGAUUCUCCUCUUGGAUGCGUCUCAUUAGAAGUACUGGAAGAGUUCUACAAUUUAUCGGAUUAUGUGGCCAAAGAAGACACGCGAAGACAGUAUCUCUGGAAGCACAUCACAUAAAGAAAGCCGAAACAUUAUGGUGGAAAGCGUCACAAGAAGCAAGCUUUGAAGAGGAUUUCCGGCGGCUGCGUGGCAAUCUUCCUGUCGGGAAAAACAGUCGACUUCGGACUUUAAGCGUUUCAAUAGACGAAGAAGGAAUCAUACGUUUAAAGUCACGAAUAGAAUCAGCCCCAGACCUGCCAGAGGAACAACGAUCUCCUCCGAUUUUGGACGGAAAUAGCUAUUAUGUGCGUCUGUAUAUCGCCUGGAUACAUAAAGCUAACCACCAUAGCGGUCCAGAAACGGUGGCAAAUGAAGUAAGAACGCGAUUAUGGAUUCUGCGUCUUAAACCUGCCAUCAGAAAUAUAAUAAAGAAUUGCAUUAAAUGCAGGAUCCUACGAGCUCGUCCUGCCAUCCCUGCUACUGGCGAUCAUCCUAAUACUAGGCUAGGCUAUCACCAACGUCCAUUCACAUACGUCGGGCUUGACUACUUUGGGCCCUUCAUUAUUACAGUUGGGCGCCAUCAUGAGAAAAGAUAUGUGGCUUUGUUUACUUGUCUUACAACCAGGGCAGUACAUUUGGAACUUGCUGGGUCUCUAACUGCUGAUAGCGCUGUCAUGGCUCUUCGGCGACUGAUGGCUAGGAGAGGCUGUCCAAGUGAGAUCCAUAGCGACAAUGGUACGAAUUUUAAAGGAGCAGACUCAGAGCUUAAAAGGGCUGCAUAUCAAGCAGUUAAACAAGAGGCAGAAGUUCGAACGAUAAAAUGGUGCUUUAUCCCUCCUGGAGCUCCUUUCAUGGGAGGAGCUUGGGAACGACUCGUCCAAUCGGUCAAACGAUCUUUGGCUGCCACCUUAAACGAACGUCACCCUAAAGAGGAGGUACUUUUUACCUUGCUGUUGGAAGCAGAGUACACGGUCAAUAAUCGUCCGCUGACACCAGUGUCAACAUCCCCAGAUGAUCUGGAGGCUCUCACACCACUCCAUUUUAUAUUAGGAGGGCCUGCUCGUGUCCCUCAGCCUGGAAGUUUUGUAGAGGCCGACGUAAAUUCCCGUUUGCGUUGGCGACAGUCGCAGCGCCUUGCUGACAUUUUCUGGAAUCGCUGGAUUAAAGAGUAUACUCCUAUAUUACAGAAUCGCCGAGAUCCCAGGAGCCGUGGCAACACCCCUAAGCUUGGUGACCUAGUCCUGCUGGUGGACGACGCCAUUCCUCGUAACUCUUGGCCCAAGGGACGCGUCACCGCCACGUAUCCCGGGAAGGAUGGAGUCGUCCGCGUGAUAGAAGUACGAACAAAAGCUGGACUCGUCAGACGGGCGACUAAGAAGAUCAUCGUGCUCGCGUCAGAGGGUGCAUGA